CACAAAUACAACAUUAUAAGCUUUGGAUUUAUAAGUUUGGCUGCCCAGUUAUUGGCUGUUCAGCUCUUUAUUAAUCAAUCAGAACUGCUGGAGAACACUUUUUAUAUAACAUUGAGACAGGAGAUGUUUCAUAAAAAUGGCAAUUCCAAAGUCUGGACUGCAACCAGAUCUCUGGGUACAGAAAUCAGCAUUUGAAUACACAAUGUAUAAAGACAUCCUCCAACACAUCACCAUGUCCAUCAGUUUCUUCUUUUUUUGAGACACAGUCUCCUUACAUAGCCCAGGCUGACCUAGAGCUUGUAGCCAUUCCCCUGAUCCAGUAUUCCUAAGUCAUGGAAUUACAAGUGUGUCCUACUAUGCCUGACUCCAGUAGAAGAGAUGAAGGGGGAAUGGUGCUGAAAGUUGAGGGAGGACCUCACAGUAGAAUUUUCUUGGCAUGCCCUGGAACACUAUAAUAAAACCCACAAUGUGUGAAUGGGCUUGGUGAUGUAUUCCUAUAAGCCCAGAGGUUAGAAGGCAGAGGCAGGAUUGCUGCAAAUUCAAGGCCAACCUGACUUACAAAGCAAGUUUUAGAUUAGCUAGGACUAAAACUCUCUCAGAAAGUAUCGAGGAAUGUCCUGACCCAACAUAGUGUGUCAAGCAGUGCUGGUCCAACUGAACUACAGCGGUUCAGUUAGGUACAGAGCCUAGUGUUCGUGACCAUAAAGUUCAGGCGUCGCACGGCCUCUGAAAAGCUCGGUAUUGGUUCGGGGAGGGACCAGAAACCGAGUUCAGGACCUAGCCCUGGCUUCCAGCGGCUACAAAGAGGAAGCUUGCACUUUGUCCGUGACAACCAUCUGGAGGCGUGGCCUCUGUCAGGGCAUCUCUAUGCCUUCCGUAUCCUAGAAGGACCGAAGUGCACUUCCGGGAAGAUGGUGGCGCCCAAGUCGGCCGUGACACGUGCUUCUACAGGGAGGACUACGUCCUGACGGAUGGUACCACAUCUUCCCUGGUAAGAGCCUGAUGUGGGAGCCCCUCUGCCCACCAUGAGUAUCACCCCAGUGGUCAAGAGUCGUGGGAUGAAGUUUGCUGAAGAGCAGCUGCUAAAGCAUGGAUGGACUCAAGGCAAGGGCCUGGGCAGGAAAGAGAAUGGCAUCACCCAGGCCCUCAAGGUGACACUGAAGCAAGAUACCCAUGGGGUGGGACACGACCCUGCCAAGGAAUUUACAAACCACUGGUGGAGUGAUCUCUUCAACAAGACUGCAGCCAGCUUGGUAGUGGACACAGGAAAGACAGCUACACUAACCUCAGGUGAAGAGAAGCCCGACAGAGACUUGGGGAGCUGCAGUGAUGAUGACAACCACGAACCCAUACCUCCAAAGAUUCUGACUGAUGAGAUGCUAUUCAAAGCUUGUGAGGGGAGAACAGCACACAAGGCUGCCCGGGCUGGAAUCACAAUGAAGGCCAAGCUUGCUCGCCUGCAGGCCCAAGAGCAGGCCUUCCUGGCUCGGCUUAAAGGCUCAAAGGAUGAGGGCACCUCUCAACCACAGACUAACAGCGAGCUCUCCCAAAAAAAUAAAAAGAAGAGGAAGCAUAAAGAAGAGGAAGAGGCUACAACAACUGAAAAGAAUCUAAGUGAGGAGCUCCUUGAACACACUGACAAGAACUUCAGGAAAAGCAGGAAGAAAAAGAGGCAGAAAGAUGAGAGAAAGGGAAUUGCUGUAGGAAGUGGGGAGGAAGAGGCUGCAGGAGUGAGUGGGCCUGGAGAAUUGAGCACAGAAAAAUCUGAUCAGUCUUCCAGGAAGAGGAAGAAAAAGAAGAGGCAACACCACGAAGAGAGGAAGAUGGUAGUCUGUGAUGAAGGAGGCAGGGAUGUGACAGGUGGGCCAAAGGCAGCGGAGAGUGAAGCAGACACUGACCCCUGGAGAAGCAGUAAGAAGUGGCAGCAGUGUGGGGAAGACUUCAUCUUGGACGUCUUAACAGAAGAGAGAAAGGUCAGAAGACAAGACAAGAAGAAAAGACAGCAUUGUUGUAAGGAGGUGGUCUUGGAUAUAUGCAAUAAAGAUGAUGAUGGCAGGACUUGGAAAGUAGAGAAUGAAGGUGAGAGAAGUCAGCCACAUCCAAAGGAGAGAGCUGGCAUCAGCACUGACCAGAGAGCCAAAAAGAAGUGGAAGGAGGGACUGAAGGCCUAAAGUGGAUCUCAACUGAUUCCUUCUCAAGGUUAGCUGGGUGGUGAGAAGAGAAGUCCAUAUUUGAAGGAGUGUCUGGUAAAGUCUGAAAAUGUAGACUUAUGUGAAAUGUC